GGGGUUGCACGUCCAAGACAAGUGGGUCUGUGCUUAUUUUAUUCCAUAAAUUUUGUAUUGGAACGGAAGUGAAGUUAUGAAAUUUUGUUCGGAAAUAAAAACAUGGCAACAAAAUUUCAACAAAGCACGUUUUUUAAUAGAAUCACAAUAAAAUGCGCUUAAAAUGAUAUGUUGACUAUUUUGCAUAAAUAAUACAAAAAAUAAAUUUAAAAAUCAUAUCACAAAUUGUGUGGGGUUUGCAAUACUUUUGGUGAAUUUUGACGAGCAAAAAAUUAUCGGCUUUGGAAGUUUUAUCUGGUUUUACCUUGUUUUUUGUGUUAAAUUGUGAUUAGAUUUGCAAAUCAUCCAGUGUUAAGAGCCCCACGAUUGAAUUAUGAGCAACCAAAGUGACAAUUUCGACCAGGAGGAGGACCUUUUUAAUGCUUCUUAUUACACAGAUGAGGAAGAUGGGGCCCCAGAAACCGAAAAUCUGUCACGACUUAGUUACAGAGAGACCAGUCAAGUCACUGACGACGAAAGUGACCAAGAAAAUAACCCCAAGACUUCCCAGGACACACCUGAAAUAAUUGAGGACUCCCUCAGCAUUGUUGAAAUAAGUGACGACGAGGAGCCCCCGAGUUCAAGACUUGACGUCAAAAGGGAGCCCCCAGAAGUUCAGAUUGAAAACACUGACGAUGAGCAACCAGGAACGAGUCUCAAACAAACAAAAAUCACUUCCUUUGUCACGAAACCGACACAUAAAACAGUCGUGGGGCACCAGGAGUACCAAGAACAAGUGAAAAAAGUCAACUCAAUUGAGGCUGAUUUAUUGAGGACUAGAAAUGCUAUGAGGGUGAUAAAAGUAGAGAAUUUGCCAGAUCGGGGGAAAUCCCUCACUGAGAAAGUCCAGUCUUUGGGGGAAUUACUUCAAAAACAGAAGACUAUUUUAGAUGGUAUGGAAGUGACCCAGGAGACACCUUUAACAGCCCACAAUCGCGUUGAAGUCGCUUGGGAGGAGAUCGAGGCUGGGGUGGACACUGUGGGGCCCCGAACAUUCGGCAAAAUCGGUGUUGCUCGCUUCAAAGCCGAGAAAACCAUGGCCAUGGAGACUCUUGAUUCUCUUCACAAGUCGCUCGAGACAUGCCCCUGUGAGAAAGACACCGUGGAGGAGCCCCAAGGUCUCAAAAUCGCACUAAUGCCCCACCAGAAACAAGCCCUGGCUUGGCUUCUAUGGCGCGAGAAGCAGAAGCCAUCAGGGGGGCUCCUAGCCGACGAUAUGGGACUUGGAAAAACUAUCACGAUGAUUUCCCUAGUGUUAAAGUCACAAGAACUAAAUCUUGAUAAUAAAGACAAGGAAAAUCAUGAUGAGAAGCGACCAGGGGGCACUUUGGUGGUAUGCCCCGCGAGUCUUAUGAACCAAUGGUCGGAGGAGAUUAAAAGAAGAACGAAAAGGGGGCUAUUAUCGGUGGAAGUCUACCAUGGGGCGAAACGCGAGACUAAACCAAAGCGACUCGCUAAACAUGACAUUGUCAUCACGACUUACUCCCUAAUUUUGAAUGAGAAUACCCGAGAUGGGGCUGUUUUUGGGGUGCACUGGCGAAGGAUCAUCUUGGAUGAGGCUCACCAGAUCCGUAAUCACAAAUCGAAGACUUCCGAGGCGAUUUUUCGCUUAUCGGGGAAGUCCCGGUGGGCCUUAACAGGCACUCCUGUUCACAAUAAAGAACUAGACAUGUAUGCAAUUUUCAAGUUUUUGCGGUGUUCCCCCUUUGAUGAUCUCCAGGUGUGGAAGCAUUGGGUUGGUGAUAAGAGUACAGGAGGGGCGAUGCGUCUCCACACUGUUAUCUCUUCGUUGAUGUUGAGACGCACCAAAGCCGACUUGAUGGAGAAGGGGGUUUUGGAGAGUUUGCCUAAUCGUACUUGGGAAUUAAUUUCCGUCAAGUUGGAGAAAGAGGAGAUGGAUGUUUAUCAGAAAGUUUUGAUUUUUUCAAGGACACUUUUCGCACAAUUUUUGCACCAAAGGGCUGAGAAAAAUCAAGAUGCUUAUGAUUUUACAUUCAACGGACUUCCACCCGACCCGAAUGGUGAAUAUUUUAAAAUGAGGAACCGUUUAUUGAAAUUGAAUCGCGUCAAAGAAGUGAGUCAACACGAUAUUCUAGUUUUAUUACUCCGAUUACGACAGAUUUGUUGCCAUCCCAGUUUGAUCAAACAAAUGUUGCAAAGCGAUGAAGAUUUGGGCAAUGCUGAAGAUCAGGAAGAAUCAGAAGAGUUGAAUCUCCUCGAACAAUUGAAUCGAUUAAACAUAGAUGAAGAAGAAGAAGAGUCAAAUGUUGCUACAGGUCUCGCUAAUGAAACUGUUGGUUUGAAAGAAGCGUCAAAAGGCUACUUGAAUCCCUCAAAUCCGGUUUUUACUACAGAACAUGCGAGUAGUAAAAUUCGGGCAUUAAUCAAUUUACUCAAAACGAAGAUUGGUGAGGAUAAAGCAAUUGUGGUUUCACAGUGGACUGGUUUAUUACAUUUGGUUGCAAUCCAUCUCAAGAACGAGGGAAUCCCCUAUGAUAGUCUUGAUGGUUCGGUUUUAGUCCAUAAACGAAUGCCAAUUGUGGAUAAUUUUAAUGAUCCAAAUAGUGCUACUAAAGUUUUAUUACUUUCGUUGACAGCUGGUGGAGUGGGCUUGAAUUUGGUUGGAGCAAAUCAUUUGUUUCUGUUAGAUUUGCACUGGAAUCCUCAAUUGGAAAAUCAAGCACAGGACCGGAUUUAUCGGAUGGGACAAAAGAAGAAUAUUUAUGUUUACAAGUUUAUGGCACUUCAAACGAUUGAGGAAAGAAUUAAGGCCCUUCAAGAGAGGAAACUCGAAAUUGCAAAUGCCAUGCUCACAGGAUCGAAACAAGUAACUAACAGUAAACUGUCCCUACAAGAUUUAAAAAUGCUUUUUGAUUUUCAAUAACUGUGUAUAUUUGUUUUAUAUGUAUGUAUUUUAUUUUUUGUGUUGUUUUUGACUGUAUAAUUUUACCUAAUGAACGAUAAUUUACAAAAAAAAAUU